CGCCUCGCCGCGCCCGCCUCGCAGGCGCCGCGCCCCGCGCCGCAUGGCCACGACCUCGCUCCUCCCCUACUCGCUGCGCCACCCUCUCCUCGCCCUCCCGAUCCCGACCUUCCUCCGCCCGUCGCACCUCGGCCCCAAGCGGUCGCUCCUCGUCGGCCUCACACUCGGCUUCUCGCUCUCGUUGAGCCUGACGGGCCUCGCGUGGUACGCGCUGGACGCGUGGCGGAGGGGCUUGAGGCGCGAGGCGAGCAAGAGGAUCGUCGAGGUGAGGGGGGACGAGGUCGUCGACGGCAUCGAGGGGCUCAUUGGCAACACGCCCCUCGUCCGCAUCAACUCGCUCAGCGACGCGACCGGCGUCGAAAUCCUCGGCAAGGCCGAGUACCUCAACCCGUUCGGCUCGGUCAAGGACCGCGUCUCGUUGCAGAUCAUCAAGCAGGCCGAGUCAGAAGGGCUCAUUCACCCGAACACGGGCUCGUGCAUCUUCGAGGGCACGUCGGGCAGCACGGGCAUCUCGAUCGCCGGUAUCGCUCGCGCUCGAGGGUACACAGCUCACAUCGUCCUCCCCGACGACGUCGCCGCCGAGAAGAUCCAGAUGCUGCGCGUCCUCGGCGCCGAGGUCGAGCCUGUCCGCCCCGUCUCGAUCGUCGACCGCCGCCACUACGUCAACCUGGCCCGACAGCGCGCGCUCGAGUUUGGCAAGGGCCACGACGUCGUGCGCUCGACGACGAGCGCGAGCACGCCGAGCGCGACGCCGAGGGCCGUCACGCCGUCGCUCGGGAGCGACGGCGCCAGCGGCGUGCCGCCCGACCUGCUCGUCACGGCGGGCUCGCCCCGGCGCCGCAGCAGCGUCAGCGGCGACGACGACGGCGACGGCGACGUCGGCGGCGGGUACCGCGACCCGCCUCGCGGCCUGUUCGCCGACCAGUUCGAGAACCUGUCGAACCUGCGCGCGCACAGCGAGGGCACGGCGCAGGAGAUCUGGACCCAGACUGCCGGGCGCGUCGACGCCUUCAUCAGUGGGGCUGGGACGGGCGGCACGAUCGCGGGCGUCGGGAGGGUGCUCAAGGAGCGGACGGGAGGGAGGUGCGAGGUCGUGCUGGCGGACCCGCAGGGGAGCGGGCUGUACCACAAGAUCCAGGACGGCGUCAUGUACGCCGAGACCGAGUCGGAGGGCAAGCGGCGGCGGUACCAGGUCGACACGAUCGUCGAGGGCAUCGGCUUGAACCGCAUCACGCGCAACUUGUCGCAGGCGCUGCCCAUCAUCGACGACGCCAUCCGCGUCACCGACGCUGAAGCCGUCGCCAUGUCGCGGCACCUCGCGCUGCACGACGGCCUCUUCCUCGGCUCGUCGUCGGCCGUCAACCUCGUCGCGAGCGUGCGCCUCGCACGGUCAUGGGGCCACAAGGGCCGAGGGCGACGCAUCGUCACGAUCCUGUGCGACUCGGGCGCACGGCACGCGAGCCGGUUCUGGAACGACGACUACCUCGCGCGCGCCGGCAUCCCGCUCUCGACCUCGAUCGAGUUCCUGUACACCGAGGCGCCGCUGCGCGCGCCGACGACGGCCGACGAGCCUGACCCGAGCCACGACACGGAGUUGGCGAGCGACGACCCGAGGGAGUUGGGGCCGCCGCCGCCUGAGGCGCUUGCGACGCCGAGGGAGGAGAAGGAUGGACGGUUUGCUCCGGCUUAGAGGGGCGGCGAGGGGGUAGAUGGCGCGCUGGUUGUCGGUGCGAGCGAGGUCGAGGACGAGGUGCAACACUCUCGGCUCCGCCCAGACCUCCCACUCG